AUGAGACCGAGAAUCCGUCCCAGGCUCCAAUACAGAUUCUUGCUUGAUCACAAUCCUUUUCAGCGACAAGUGUGGUGUAAACUUCAUACACUUCCAGCCUUGAAACGUCAAGCCACUUCGAAAGCUAAAUCUUUACAAUCCUUACUCCAAGGCGUCGGAUUUGAAGAACUUUACCGGAUUCGCUCUAACAUCGAGCUCUUAAUUCAAGAUUUUGCUAAGAGACCGAUUCCGCCCAUAUCCUAUAAAUUCCUUACACAAUACCAAGUCCCCCUGACAACAAACGAAAAAUACAUGCUAGCCAUCAAGACGGUUAACUUACUAUUGACAUACACUUGCAGGAGGCUGGAUGCUGUCCAAAAGCUUCCAUACAUCGCAGUGCUCAAUCCGAAUAUUGAGGAAACAAAUAGGCUAUAUCUGAGGACAUUAGAAAGCUUGCUGUCUAUUAACUACCCCUACGGUUUGCAUGAUGAGGAGGUAAUGACGAAAAUCCUUACCGAGUUCCUUGAUGACCAUCAGGAUACUUUAGUGACACUCUCUCGUGGUUUUCAGGAAAUCAUGGAAUUCUAUCCCAAAGAAGCUGUAUUUCAGUUUUUGAAUCUGCAUUUGAGAGACCGCAUUGCCAUGAAGUUAUUAGCAACGCAUUACUUGUCUAUUUCAGCUCAGGUAUCUGGUGAUCUUCCCGUGGUUGGUGUACUUCACAAGGAAAUGAAAAUUUCAGAGCUAGUAAGGCGUGUUGAAGAAUUUGUAGGUGACCUUUGCUUUGUGAAGUAUGACCAUCAAGUUCCCAUCACUAUAUUGGAAGGAAACGAGGUAGAAUUUCCUUGCGUACCCACCGAUCUUGAGUACGUUCUCACAGAGCUUUUGAAGAACUCAAGCAGAGCGCACAUCGAGAACUCUACACCAGAGAACAACACUGCAGAGAAAGCGGUCGAAGUUAGCAUUAUCCGUAGCGAGAAUGAUUUGGAGAUAAGGAUUCGUGACUUUGGCGGUGGUAUCCCCCCUCAAGUGGAGGACCGGAUGUUUGAUUACUCUUACAGCACUGUGGACGCAGACGCCAAGGACACCGGAAUGAGUGCAUAUGUUUUGCCAGGGGCCGAUGUUUGCAAUGUAUCCGGUAUGGGAUUUGGUCUACCUAUGUGUAAAGCUUACGUCGAAAUGUUCAAUGGAACGCUCGACAUACAAAGCUUAUGGGGAUGGGGUACUGACGCCUACGUAAAACUUAAGGGACCGGAUCUACGUCAUCCAACGCACUAA